AUGGCAGUGUCAUCUGCUGUCCUGAUUGAAAAGCUUGUCGAAGAUGUAGCAGUCACCGGUCCGCGGGGCUUCACCACCCGACAAUUUGGUGAUGCUGUCAAAGCGUUCUACAACGAGCACAAUUCGAAGGUCAUUGAAGGCAACGGAUGUGAUCAACAAAUUGACAUUCUCUUCUCGGAAACACCACCUGUUGAGCGGGUCGUGGUAAAUGAUCAACUUCUCGAAACUGUUCUCCUCGAGCUGCGCAAGCAUUCCGAUAUACAAUUCAAGCCUCCUGGCAAAGCCAAGAAAGUCUCAACGACAGAACAAAGCAAUGAUAUCGAGCCUCCGUUGUCUGGGUUCGAAGCUAAGUUUGCAGGUCAACGUGUCUUCGUCUCGGAGGAGCGUAUGUGGCAGGAGCUUACAGGGCACUCUGUCGAUCAUACUCGCAUCACGCCCAAAGAGUUCGAAUGCCUACUCGUCAUUGCAGCCACUGGUGCGGAGGGUAUCUUGCAGAAAUUCGUCACCGAACGCACUGGUCAAGACAAGCGAUCGGUGCCCAAGCGAACCGAUCGACUCGCACAGAAUGGCUACAUCACAAAAGAUGCUGUUGUCGGCGCAGGAACAAAAACAAGCAUUCUCAAGCUCAAGAAAUUCUCCCAGAUGCCGGUGGCGCUGCCAACGAACCAUGAGAAACCCACAACGGAGCAAGCAAACGGCACUCGUCAAAUAAUUUUUUAUGAUAUCUGGUUCGAUGCGACCAUGAAAAUGCUGCAAGACAACGGCAACAUCGUGCCAUUAGCGGACUUACGGGCCGGACUGGGGAUCACUGGCAAACAAUGGGAGACUAAAAGAUUCUUCCACUGUAUCCGUCGUCUCAUUCGCGCUGGUUGCGUACGCACGUUAAGUGCAGCAUUAGCUCUUGAACCGGAAGCGGAGGGAGAAAACGCAUCGAGGUCCAGCCGUAAAAUGCAUAGAAGCAACUGCGUUCAGUUACUGCGUGACCCAACUGAUGUGGAUCGAAAGGUGUUUCAAACCGGCAGCUACAAGGGCAAACCCAAGUCGAUCGUCCCUGACCAGGAAGAAGAUUCCGAAGAGAGUGAUGGAGGUGAUCUCGAUACCACAAUCGCCGUGCCCGAGACAUCUGGAGCCGCUGUGGAAGCAGGCGGGAGUGAAAAGCCUGCUGUGACACCCCCGGCUCAUUGGAGCCCUCUGAUCCCGCUGAAUAAUCAAAUUUACGACCUCGUCGACAAAGCCGGACUACAAGGGCUGACGGCGAAACAACUGUACGAUCGAUUGGGCGGAGCUUCCUGGCAUCGCCCAAUUGACGAAGCACUAGCCAAAAUCACGGACAUAUGGCAGCACUCUCAGCCGCCUCAUCUUCGUCAUCUCACUCUCAUUCGCGAUACAGUCAUCGACUUCAAAAUUCUGGUCUUCCAUUUCCGCUCUCUGGAAAAUUACCGCAAAGCUGUGACUGCAGGACACGCUGUAUGGGAGGCGGUCAUCGAUGAAAAGUCACUCGCAGAGUUCGAGGAGACUACCAAGGCAGCAGACUCAUCCCUCGAUGAGUGGGGUUUUCCACAGCUCAAUAAGAAUGAGCUCAUACGUGGCGGCCGUGGCAGCCUUGCCGAAUGCAGACACAUGUUCCGUCAUCCUCAAAGGAUAAAUGCCAGUAUCAAAGUACGGAGGGAACUGGACGAGUCUGAAAUGGAAUUGGACGAUGUCGGCUCUGCCUCCGAACUUGAUCCAAAAGCAGAUGCGCGUGUGGUCAGGAGCGCGACCAAUCAGGAUCAUGAUCAAACUCUGGCACCGAGCACUUGCGAAACCCCCGAUCUUACAGCUCAGCAGAAUACUCAGCAGGCCUCUGCACAGGAAGUGCCUCCGCAAGAUCCUUCUCCAGCCGCCGCCCAUGCAAUCGACCCAGCACCUGUCACUAUCCCCGAAACGAGCCACCAGCCUGUCAUUCGUAGAAAGCGCGGUCGACCAAGAAAGAAUGCCAUUCCAGAAAGUACCGCAAAUCUACCUUCCGGAAAAGACGAAAGUGCCUUGCGCGAAACCGACCCACCGCAUCCCAAGCGGAGGCGCAUCACAGAAGAUGGCAACGACGAUGCCGCUGCAGAUACCUCGUCUGGAGAUUUCAAUGCCGCUCAACGCUUGAAGGAGCUAUUUGCCAAUAGACCGCUGGGGAGACCGACGCGCGCUUUUCAGGCCGAGGCUGAAAGGCUGCGUCGCUUGGUUGAAGCGCAAAUCAAGGAGCAGGAGGCGAUUGUGGCGGCUUUGGCUGCGGAGAUGGAGUUUGUAGAUAAAGAGGGAGCUGACGAGGCGCCUGUAGUUAAUGAGGCGCCUGAAGUUGAAGAUGGACCUGAAGUACAUGAUGGGCCUGAAACUGAUGAGGCUGUUGGAAGGGAAUUUCUCCUGCCACAAACCGCGCCUGUAGCUGUUGCGGCAAACGCGUCUGGUGCGCAGGAAACAGAUAUGAUGGAGGAUGAUGAUGAGGAUUAUGUUGACGACGAUGCCUCGGAGCAGCCCGGUCUCGAAGACCCGGAUCUCGAAGACCCUGAUUUCGAAGACCACGAUGCAGAAGACAGUGCCCCCACACGGAAAACAGAGCGCCCUUCGCGCGUCAAGCGAGCUGGCUUGGUUCGCAGUGGUGGAUUCGUUGCUGCUCAUCGUGCCAAGGUCAUCUUAGAUGCCGUUCACGCAUGUGGCGGCGUCUUUCCAGGGAACAACGAAAUGUGGUACGUCGUUGCCACCGCAUGGCAGAAACACUCUGCUCAGACUCUGGACCGUCAGACUCUCGAGCGAGCUAUUCGGAAUCUCGUCACGAGCGGCAAAUUGCAGAAGAUCACUUGGACUUUCUCGGAUAGGAAAGGCUUUGUGCAUACUCGUGCAAUACUCGCGGAACCACACAUCAAGCCGCAAGAUCCUGUGGUCAAGGCCAUGCAGAGAAAUGUCGAAGAGACUCUGCCGAAUCAGUACCUCCCGAAGGAGGUCGAGGUCUUUGCUAGUCUACGCCAUCAGGCUUCCAGCGCGCCUGGCACGGCGAAACCCAUGGCUACACCUAAGCGCAAGACGACAUUUGAGAUCACGACAAUGCCUAAACUCACGGCAGCGCCUGAGCUGACGACGGCACCUAAUGCAAGUAAGGCGCAUGUUCCGAAAUCAAAGGAGCCGGAACAUGGCCUCAAAGUUUCGUCUUCCAGGAACGGCGGAAUCAUUGGACGGGUCAAGUAUCCGGAAGACAACAGUGUUCUUGUGAAGUCGGUGCCAAGAAUUGGAAGAAAGACGCCAAGCAGCGCGCAGGUAGAUAACCCAGUGGUUGUCACGACCGAUCGACUUCGAGUAAUGCCGCCUGCGGACAAUAUUUCCCCGUCUGCCUCAUUCCCUGGAGUGUUCGACUCCGCCCCAUCGGGAUCGCUCAUUGAUCCGUCCAUCGAUCAGCGCAGUAUCAACAUCAUGAAUGACUCGGCCGUUGAUUCGGCAUCUUUGGCCGCGCGAUUCAAGACAUCUCAAAUACGAUAUCAAUCGAUUCCUUCGGGUCGCCACGUACUUCCAGUGCCAGUGAAAAGAAUCUACCGCAAACGACACGAGAAGAUAGAAAUUCAUCCACUCAGCCAAGGAGGAGAACAAUGGUCGCGAGCAUGGUCUCUCUUAAUGGGUCUUGCAUGCCUUGGACAUACCGUAACCGGAACAUUCGCAUCGCGGGCCAUUAUCUCCGAUGCUGUGGUUGUUCCACCCCGUGUCGGAUUGAAACCACUAUUUGUUAAGCCGGCACCACCGCCACCGAGGAGCCUCCGAAAUAUUCUGGACGAGAUCGAGUCUCUGCGUAAGGCUCCGUACUCACGUCAGGCUACAUUGAAUGCGCAAUUGAGCGAAGAUGAACAAGACCCCUUCCGUCGUGAGAUCAAUACCGUGCAAGCAUGGGAAGAAGAGAUGAUCGGAGCAGGCAAGGCUAUUCGUGGUGAAGAUGGCAUCGCUUUCGUAAACCACACCCUGAAGGUCCCUCAUGUUGUCCUCAAGCGCAAUGCUCGAUCGCGGCGUCCAGAAGGGAUACCACUCAUAUCGAGCAUAAUCGAGCCUCCGCCGAAGAAGAAGAAGUACAGAUCUCGCAAAGCUGCCGUUGCGCCAACCCUCGAACUCGAGGAACCACGGCCGCAUCAAGUUCGCCCUGCAGGCGAACCACGUCACCGACGUGAUCGCCAGGGCGCGGCGAACUUCGCCGACGGCGAGCGACUGAUCGCGGCCAUCGCAUUGAUCAUGGUGACUUGUGGAGGUAUCAAUCAAGGUCCCAGCUGGUCGCUCAUUUCCCAUGCGCUUUCGUUUCGAUAUGAUGGCGAAUUCCUUCGUCGACGGUGGAACUGGAUCAGAGGCGGACGCCACGUAGACUUGGAGCAGAUACGAGAUGCUAUCCGAGAGCCUUUUCUAAUUGCUUACGAGAACGACGAGAUUCCGAGAAUAGACUAUCAAAAUCUCGCUGCUACCGACUGGCCAGCUCUACUGGAUUGGGUGGAAGAUGAAGUCAUGCCUACGCUGGGUCCGAGACCAAAAGCCGGUGUUCCUGUGGCCAUGCGACCAACCACUGUCAAUCAAGCACUCUAUGAAGCUUCGAGCGGGCUGGACGGUGCUGCUGGCCGCAAGAGUGAUUAUUUCACGUCCGCGAUCGUGGACCAUCGCAGACAGAUGACUCUUCACUUCUCGAACGGAACACUUUUGCCAAAAGCAGUCUCGAGCAGUCACGGACUGAAUGACAACCACAUCUUGCUCAAAUCAUGGAUCAGGGCUGUGGCUCUGACCAAGCAGUGGAACUACAAUCCUCGCGCUGCAUCUGCAAGCCUGUCCGUCUUCGAUGAGGCAACACUGACUCAAGUGACGCAAGAUAUGAUUGAGAACCACAUCCUCGUACAGGAUCGUAAAGGCCGGCAAAUGCCGGGUCGAAAUUAUCAGAUCCAUCAAGAUGUGCUUUCUCAAUUUCGUCGUUGGCCCAAGCAAGACGAACAUCUCUACCUACGCAAUGUUGCAGAUGCAAGGAUCGCUAUCGACGAACAUUUUCAAAUGUACGAUGAACUGGAUUUGAUUGCCACUGCUCAAGAUGUGGAAUACCUCGUCUUGAUCAAUAUGGUCUCUCAGGGGUUCAUUGUUCCCAAAGCCAAACUGCCUGAACGAAAUGACGAUCCCGACGCUCCUCAUCCAAAACUCACCAAGUGGUCAUAUGGUAAGAAAGGCUACGAAACAAAGAACACAAACAUCAACGAUCUCAAAUUUGUUCUCUCCUUCAAGAAGACGCCCAACUACACUUCGGAACACGGCCUCCAGCCCGCAUCAAUCCCCCAACAUACCUCCAAAUUCCCGCCCGAAAUCGGCCACCGCAUACCGAUCUGGAUGGACAUCCACGGCCAACGCAUCGACGACGUCUGGGACAUGGCCGUACGCUCUAUCCUACACAUCCUCGUGUAUCGCGCGGGUUCCACCGCCGCAAUGAUCGAGACCGCCCACAAUCAAAAGUUAUGGACCUGGGAAAUCGACCUCGUUCUCUCGUGGAUGGAAGCCGCCGGUGUAGCAGAACGUUGUGGCGUCGAAGAUGCCCCCGAUCCCAUCACCGGUGCGUGGAGAGGUGGUUGGCGCACGAGCGCGUGGUGGUAUUGUGCCUUUUUGCCCGAGGUUGCGGAUUGGGCGGCGCCUGGUUGUGGUCAGAUUGAGCAGCAUAUUGGGUUGCAAUGGGCAAGCUAA